CGUUCAAGAUAUAGCCUUUGCCGCCUUCUCCGCGUCUCUUUUUACCUCCCUCGAUCGCGCGCGGAUUGUGUGUCGUCGUAGCUGUUUGUUCACGUUUGUGGGUACGUCGUCGUCGUCGUCGUCGUCGUCGUCGUCGUCUCCGGGACGCGGUCGGCGGCACCGUAAGGCCUCUCCGUGUCUAAAAAUAUAGGUCGAUCGACCACAAAUUCAACAAAAUCCGUUGCAUCUCGUUCGUCGUUUCUUGGCGCUGUUUUCUUUCGAAAAAUCUCGGUGGCUGAUCGUCUUCGAGGGUGAUUAUGAACGGCGAAAUAUGGACGCGGAAUAAGUCCGUGGGACGCGGGUGCGAACUCUGAGAAGCGUGGAAAAUAAAAAGCAACUCGCACUCGGUAUUCAACUCGGUGUCCGGCCUCGACUACUUUGAAGACUCUUGACCGGAGCUCGAGGAAUAACGAAGAAGUUUGUAAAACGGCUCCGCGGCAUCGGCACCUUCCAUUGUCAACGUACGUCGCUCAGGCUUUUCCAGUGACUCCGGAGAUGCGACACGCAUAGUGCGACGAAUAUUAAUAUUGCGCUUGCGCAUCUCCGAGGAUAUACUCGGCUCCCUAUAUCUAUAUUCGAAUGACAGUGCGCUCGUGAACGAGGUCAACGUACACGAGUUCACGCAGCGUCGAUCGGCGGGACGAUGAAAUCCGAUCCCGAUCCUUGUAGGGUCUUCGUGGAAACUUUUUGACAACGAAAAGCGUCGCGUUCUGCGGAGAGAAAAGUUCAAAGUGACUGGACGAGGGGGCUUCGGAAAUCGCUCGGGAAUUAUUUUCAUAAAACAAUAAAAUCGAGAGGAAAAACGUGAAGGUGGGACCAGCCGUGGAACAGUCGCAGUAAAAAAAAAGCCUGACGGAACAGAAGAAAUUCGAAACGAGGAGAAAUCGAAAAGUCGUCUGAAGUGGAGGGGACAAUAGCGAGCCUGGGCGAGGAGGAGCGAGGGCGCGGUAAGGAGUCGACCGGUCGGUGAUGAUGAUCGGCGGUGGUGUCGCGACACCUCCGGGUACUGCAAAAACCGUGGCUGCUAUAAACAACGAAAUGGUCGUCGACAGCGUAGGCAGUGGUAGUGUUAGUGGCAGUGCUAGUGGCAGUGGGAGUCCGGCUACCGGCUCGACCCGUACGAGUAACAAUAACAACAAUAACAAUGACACUAGUAACAACAAUAACAACAACGAAGGACACGUUAUAGUUUUGGGCAGUGGUGCAGCACCUGUUACUACGAACACCGCUGGUUCCGGGGGUAAAAUUUGUUGCCAGGAUGACGAUCCUAGCCCAGGAACGGGCACUACGGUCACCAGACCGUGGGAACCACCCUCACCAACUUUGGCUCAAUCCCGAGCUCGUCUCCUACAAAUUCAUCCGUCGCAUCAUCACUCCCAACACCCCAAUCAUCCGCAUCAUCAUCAAAGGCAAAUUGUUCAACCGGCAGGAAUCAUCGAAGGCGUGGGUUUGCAGAAUUGCACCGGUAGCCCGUUCAACUCGGCCGGCUCGGCAGGUAGUGGUGGAAACAACGGCGGUACGUCACGUCAGCGUUUGCUCGAGCUUUCGCACGGGCUUGGUGCCCUCAGGCACUACAACGAUCUCGCGAAUCACGUUCUUUCGUUGAAUCAGCAAGGGGCCGUUGUCACCAAACUUCUCGGAACUUUACGACCGCCCGGACUGAUAGGCGGCAGCAAACCGAAGGUAGCCACGCCCGCAGUUGUAGCAAAAAUCGAACAGUACAAAAGAGAAAAUCCAACGAUCUUCGCAUGGGAGAUACGAGAACGGCUCAUCUCAGAAGGUGUUUGUAGCAACGCGACAGCGCCCUCUGUGAGCAGUAUAAAUCGCAUAUUGAGGAACCGGGCCGCAGAAAGAGCGGCGGCUGAAUUCGCCCGAGCCGCUGGUGUCGGUCUGUACGCGGCCGGACCUCAUCCGUACUUCAAUUCGGCCCAUUACCACCCUGGAUCGUCGCAUCAUUUGUCGGCAGGAUGGCCAACGCCCGGGGCACCGGGACAUCCCUGGAUGAUGCCGCCUUUGGCUUCGGGACUUACGGGAGCAGCGUCGGCACUUUUACUUCCGCCGUCGCUGAGCCCCGGUACAGCAGCGGCCACGGCAACCGUCGCCGGAAGUCCGGAGCACGCUCUUCAUGCUGAUUCCAUAGCGCGGGGUUACCUUCAAGACGGGGAUGGCGACGACGGAAGCUUGGACGGCUCGGAACAACCGAAAUUCCGACGUAACCGAACAACUUUCAGUCCUGAACAGCUCGAGGAACUCGAAAAAGAGUUUGAGAGAUCCCACUAUCCGUGUGUCUCCACUCGAGAACGUCUUGCAUCCAAGACCUCCUUAUCCGAAGCCCGCGUACAGGUUUGGUUUUCCAACAGACGAGCAAAGUGGCGGCGUCAUCAACGAAUGAAUCUAUUAAAGCGUUCGCCACCGCCGCCGCCGCCACCUCCGCCUCCGCAGCAGCCACAGCAGCAGCAGCAGCAGCAGCAGCAGCAACAACAGCAACUUACUGUGUCCGCGACUGGUUUAGAUAUCGGCCGUACGGUGUCGGGAUGUUCGAUAGGAGGUAUGGGAGGCGAAAAUAGUGCAUUUCGGGCGGUAAUUACAGGCACAACGACGAUACCAACGACCUCGUCGUCGUGCGACAGAUUGGAAAGUAUCGGAAUAAGUACACGACAAGUCGAGAGAAAACCAAGCGCAUUUAGGAUGAUAAGUCAGUUGGUGGGUGAAGAUACGACGGUUAAAAACGUCACACCAUCCCCGACGAGUCCGAUCGAGCGUGGCAGAGGAUCCGUCGGGCCUGGACCGAUGGAAGUUGAAUCCCCGGACGACGAGGACGAAGAGAUCGACGUGCAGGAUUCCGAUCAAGAAAUCGUUACGUCGUCUCCAUUAGCCUGGAGAGAUCACUGGAGCGAUCAACAACCUCUCGAACUGACGAAGCACGACCGUUGAGCGAUAAACACGCGAAGCCAGCAAAAAGACAAUCUCAUUUUAAUCUCGAUGAAAACAAGUGGAAAGUGCCACGAAGCCAAUGGAGACGUUUCCGCUGCUGGAGCACUUUUUCCAACGCUGCGUGCCCCAGUGAAAAGUGCUCUUGCAUAACUUUCGAUCGACGUUUAUUCGGAAUAAAUAAAACAAACUUUCGCCGCUGAAUUACGAACGGGCAUCGGUGAUCGAAGGAAUCUUACGAGUCGUAAUCAAUGUCGUCCGAUCACAAAUGUGGCACACUGUGAUGCGACUGUUCACGUUAAUCCUGUAAUGUUAGUGUGAUCGUGCCGAGAUCUCUCAACGCGACGAAACACUGUUGCAAUAUUAAUCCUCCUGCGAAUCUUUCGAAUGGUGAAUCUCUUUUGUCUGCGUACUGUAAUCUCGUAUCACGCGUCAACACUUCGGGCUCGAACAAUAUUUAGCUCUUAUCUUUCUCUCUAUCUGCAUCCCUAUUUCUAUUUCACUUUCUCAAUCUUUGUAGCGUAUAUCUACUGCCGUUGCGAUUACUAUCAUCAGACACUACAUCGCAUGACACACCGUUCUUGUCGCCGGUACACAGCUCGCGCAUAUUAUACGCGCAUUCGUAUUCAACCGGAACAAUGUUAUCCUCUACUUUUUCUCGUUACUCUCGCUGCUUGCGAGUCUUAAAAAUUCUAUUUAUUGAAUCUUUGUUCAACGGUCUCAUACGUUUAAAUAACGAUUAUUCAAAAAGAACUGGGAUAUUUCUUAUCCGAGGAUUGUGUUUCAUCGUCUCUUGAAUCUCAACACCGAUCAUUAAUCGCCAUCAUUAGAGAGUCAAAUGAGUUUCAUCGUUUAUUCGAUUCGGAAUUCGUCAAUUCGAAUCAUCGAGUCGAUUCUUGUGCUCCGUAAUUUAUCAAUUUCAGGCCGUUUAACCGAGUUUGAUUCGGAAUUUUUGCGGCAACGAAGGGUCCUGAUUCGCAGAGUGCAAAACGAAAUAUUGUGGCGUUGAAAAAUUCGUUUUGGCUGUGAAGUAUCGUAAAUAAAAUAAAAGUCAUUUUGUCUGGGAAAUGUUCGAUCGAAGUUGGAGAUUUGACGGCGCGUUCGACGACGGGGAUACAGCAAAACUUGCAGAUUUUGAGAAUUCGUUUUGUACCGUUUAUUCUACUUAGAGCAUAUUAUCGAAGACACGAAAUCACAGUCCCACCGUAAAUUUCAUAGAAAAUUUUUUCAAAAUUUGACGAAUAACGCGAUCGCUCUGACCGCUUGUGUCGCAAUCACCAACUUUGAAAAGUCAAAACCACACAAAAUGCAAAUGCGAGUUCGUUGAUGCGUGCAAAAAUGUGAGCAAUCGUAAUUACGCACUUUGGAAAAACGAUUGAGAGAGAGCGAAAAAUCGUAGGAAAACUCCGUGUCUCAGAGCGGCUCGAGCGUAUCAUUUUGUAUGUCAACGAAUCGGCGAGUUAACCAAUUAAACGAGAGCCAGUGUCGUGGCAAUCUUUAGCGCAUGCGUCGCGAACAAUCUUUCCGUCUUAUUCGCGUGAAAUAAGGUGGCAAAACGCGAAGAAAUUCACCAAUUAAAGUGAAAUAAGUGGUGCGACGAUCGCGGACGAGUGUGUUAAAGUAAAUCGAUAUUCACGCAUCGGACUAAUGGCAAAUUCACCAUGAGUUUCAUUAAAACGAGCCAAAAGUGUACAUAAUUAAAGCAAAGUAAUUACGUCCAUCUUUUCGUCUCUCUGAAAGAGCAAUACUAGAUACUUAAAUCCUCUCUCUCUCCUCAAUCCUCGACUUAUGAAUCUCCAAAAUGAGGAUGAAAUAGAAUAAAUGCGAUCAACUCGAUCGAGACUAGUCCUAAAGAUGAAAAUAACGGAAAGAAGUUGAACCAUUGGAUUUUCCGGAUACUCUGUAUAGCUCGUAGGAAGUAUUAACCCGUAGACUCCACAAUGGUGCAAAUUUGCACCCCCGAAAAUUUCCAGAGCUUCAAAAUUCCUUUCUUCAAUGUGUCCAUUUUUCCAUGAUAAAACUUGAUUUUCCAAUUUUUUUAAUGAUCGUAAUCGAUUACUAAGGAAUUGUUGUAACCCCUAAAAAGUCUCAUUGUAAGAUUAAUUCAUACAUUUAUGGAUGAAAUAAAAAGUUUCGAAAAGUCCAAGAGCUAUUUUGCACGAGUGUGGUGCGAGUGUAACCUCAAAGGGGGUGUGGUGUCUACUGGUUAAUAUCGAUUAUGAAUCCUAUGGACACCCACUGUUUUAUGUAUUCAAUAUAUAUAAAAUAUUUGAUGUAAGUGUAUCCACACAUGUAUUCGUAUGAAUAUUUAUAUGUGUGUGAGUAAAUGUACAAUACACACGUAGGAUUAGUAUACAUUAUAUACCUCUGUAUGAAAAACCUUCUCUGUUGGGACAAUUUUAUUUAAAAAGAAAAAUGCAAAAUGGUUUGUAAAUA